CACAAAGGAGCACAGAGGUGGCUGGCACUGGCUGCGUAAGGGUCGAGUAGGCCAUCAACAAGGUGGCUGCGUAACAGGAAGCGACAAACAGACCAACAGCCGCAGCGCGCCCCCACCAUAAUGGCCGCCCGCCGCUGGCUCCUCCUCGCGGCCGGCGCAAGCGCGAGCAUCCACGACCUGGUCGUGGACAAGGACCGGCGCGCGCUGUACCGCAUCGAGUCCUUCUGCUUCGUCGAGGGCGGCGUGCUCGAGCUGGACGUGAGCGACUUCCGCGUCGACGGCCGCGGCGACCCGCGCGCGGGCUUCGCGAUGCGGCGCGCGGCGUCGGAGUCCGCCGCGCAGCAGGAGCUCGAGGAGUCCCUGGAGGCCGAGGCCUGCAUCCUGGACUGGACCGAGGGCGCGAGGGGCGACGGCGCCGUCUUCGAGAUGGACCUGAGCGACCGGAGCAAGUGGGCGGACACGCAGACGCUGAAACACGUCGUGAAGGCGGGCGAGGAGGGUUUAUAUUCUCUCGUCUACGCGCGCUGCGCGCCCGACGAAUCUAAAGAUGGCGCGUCGUCCUUCCACCUCGAGGCCAAGUUCUACAACCCGGGGCCCUCUUAUUUAUCAGCGUGCGAGGCCGCCCUACCAAAAGUUUUUGCGGCCUUCGCGGGCCUCUUCGGGCUCUGCGCCUGCGUCUGGUGGUUCCUUUUGUGCAGGGGAGGCAAGGAGCGCGUGCACCGCGUGCAUCCCCUCAUGGGCGUAUUACUCAUCCUCAAGACGCUCACGCUCGCGGCGCGGGCCGCGCGCUACGCCGCUAUUGAUAGAACGGGCUCGGGCGGCGGCUGGGCCGACGCCUACUACGUCUUCGCGUCGCUCAAGGGCGUCAUGCUGUUCGUGGUGCGCGCGCGGCGCGAGAGUCGCAUCGUGGCGGCGCGUCCACGCCAUCGACGCGACGCCCGCUCGGCGGGUGACGCACCGGUCGCCGCGCGCGCAGGUCAUUUUGCUCGUGGGCACGGGCUGGUCGAUCGUCAAGCCCUACCUGAGCGGCCGGGAGCGGCGCAUCGUCGUCGUCGUCCUCGUCCUCCAGGUCGUCGACAACCUCGCGCUCGUCGUCUUCGAGGAGGCGGCGCCGGGGUCGCGCGCGUGGCUCACGUGGCGCGACGUGCUGCACCUCGUGGACAUCGCCUGCUGCGUGGCCAUCCUCAUGCCCAUCGUGUGGUCGAUCCGGCACCUGCGCGAGGCGGCGGCGGCGGACGGCAAGGCCGCGGACACGGUCGGCAAGCUGACGCUCUUCCGCCAGUUCUACGUCAUGGUCGUGGCCUACGUCUACUUCACGCGCAUCGUCGUCUUCCUGCUGGCGGCGACGCUGCCCUUCGAGUUUUUGUGGCUGCGCUACGUCUUCGCCGAGGGCGCUACUUUAUUAUUCUACGCGGCGACGGGCUACAAGUUCCGGCCGCGCGAGGACAACCCGUACCUCGCCGUGCGCGCCGAGGAGCUCGAGGAGUUCGGCCUCGGCGGGGGCGACGCGGAGGAGCCGGGGAAGGAGGCGGCGCCGGCCUGACGCGCGCGUAAGAGGCUGGUGCGUAAAGACCCC